UUAAUAUAACAGAUAUCUCAAUAUUUUUUACAAAUAUUCGUAAAAUAUAUAUAAAAAUGGCAUCUAUUUAAUCUAAUGGGAACACUUAUAACUUAGUCUGCGACCAAAAAUAACUUAAUUAUUUGUUUCUCCUCGUUCUCUUGGCCACCUAUUUCUUUCAAUUUCCUCUCUUGUCACGUCUCACUCUCGCUCUUCACUCACCUACAUCUAACAUUCACAACAUAUCAAUGUCAUAGAUGAUGGAAAGAAAAUUAAAGAUAGUUUUAUAGCUUUGACUCGGUAUAUUACUAUAAGUAAGAGAUUAAAAUUCUUAAAUUUCUUAUAAGUUUUUUCGUAAAAUUAGUUGAAGUGCAUGUAAGGUAUUCGGGAUAUGAAUGAUAUAUAUUAUAUUCACACACAUAUAGAUAUUAUGGGAGAAAGGUUCACAAAUUUGUGGAGUAAAAAGAAUAGAGAUAUCUUUGUUUCUUCUUUCAUUUGCACAGCCAAGAAAAGAGGAAGAGAAUGGCUGCAACAAUCAAACUUUCAAUUCUUUCUUCUUCAAAUCCAAUUCAUCUUCCCCCAAUCUCCACAAACUUUCUCAAAUCCCACCCUUCCUCCACUAAAAUCUGCCACAAACGUUUAGGUUUCUCAACACCGCGUCUCAAAAUCCUGAAAUGUACAUCGGAAUCCAACGAUCAAGCUCAAAACGAUUUCAGUUUGAAGAAUGCUCUGUCCAGCAUGGUUGGUGAACAAGUUGAGGAGCUUUUGAAUAGGGAAGAGAAUAGGAGUUUGCUCGAUGGCUUGGAGAAGGCGUCGAUGAGAGUUGAAAUCGCGAAAAAACAGCUUGCUGAGAUUGAGAAACAGGAACUUGAGCUUAAACGGUUCAAGGAUUAUGUUAGCCAGCUUGAAAAUAGAGCAUCCGAGAUUGAAGAAUGCCAAAAGGAGAUAUUGGAGGCAAGAGGGAUGAUUGAGGAGGCCGAGCGCUCUCUUGCUCAAAGCGAGGGUGGAAAUGCUAUAAGAGAUGGAGAAGAUGGAGGACUUGACAGAGAUGAAGAGAGAUUUGAGUCUGUAAAAGCAGCCUCCAUAUCAGCCAUUGUUGGCACACUUGCUGGACUGCCAAUCUUUCUUAAUCAAGUGAACAGCACUUCUCAGCUUCUACUCCCUACAGCUAUCACAUUUAUUAGCUGUGCCUUGUUUGGAGUUACUUUCCGAUACACAAUAAGGAGAGACUUGGAUAAUAUUCAACUCAAGACUGGAACAUUUGCCGCUUUUGGCUUCGUUAAAGGUCUUGCAACACUAGAUGGUGGAGUCCCUUUGGAGUUGAGUGCUGAGAGUUUCUCUUCACAUGUUAUUGAUGCAGCUGUGUAUGUAUCUGAAAACCUUUACAUAUUUAUUUGUGCUGCUGUUGCACUAGAUUACUGUUUCAAGAUGAGUUUAUUGAGCCCUUUUCCUAUAAGAAAAUCAAUAUCAAGGGUUAACUAGUUAUAAAGUUCAUUUCAAGAAAGAUUAAACUCAGUUCAUGUUAUCCAAUUCCCUCCUCAACCAAUAGGCUAUAGCUAAGCUAAUAUGACCUGAUAUUUCCAUGGGCCAUGUAUCUCAUUCUUGAAACAUUUAUACUUGUUAGGAUUCAGAAGAAUCAAUUUGAUUCCUAAAUGGAUAUUAAACGCAUGAACUUAUCACACCA